CCGGCAUUACCAUUUAGGGUCUUCCAUUUCAAAGGCCUCCCACAAGUCUUCUUGUCAAUGAUGGAGGACGAGGGAGCCAGAUUGCUCGACCUCCUACAAGCACAUGGCCAACAGUUCCUAAACUCUUUCGAACUCAAUCAAAAUCCUAGGAAGAAGCAGAAACUAGAGGAGUCCCCAAAGGAACUCGAGAACGAGGAUUUUGAGGAGUGGGGAGGUUUCAGCAAUGCAGCUGUCUCCACUCACCCAUCCGAAGAAGAUGACAACGGUACUCCCGAUGAAUACGAUGACGGCUUCACCGCCAGUUCCUCCACCAAGAUACCAGAUGUAGUGGUGUUCUCAGACUCGAGGCAGAAGCCUUCAGAACAGUUCUCGAAAGCUCAGAAAAAAGCUUUCAUGGCAAGUCUCAUGUAUUGCUACCUUCGUGUACUGAUACAGGAGUGAACAGUCUUCAAAGGUAGCUAAAGUUACAUCUUCAAUGGAAGUCGAUAGGGUCCCACAUCGAGACGAGGAUGACACACAAAAUGAUGAGGAUAUCUCGAAUGCCCAGAACGACGCUCUCCUCCAUCGUUUAGUCCACACAAAAUUGUUGUCUGGGUCUUUGAAC